UUCGGCUUCCAGUGCCGACCAGACCAGUGCGCAGCUGCCCUCCCAACAUUGUUUGAUGCUUAAACGGUGGGAACUUAAACAUCCGGUAAAAACUCCAACUGGACGACCAGGAAUACGUUCCCUAUCUCAGUUCUGGGACCGUCUCUGUGUUCGGCUUUCAGAGCCUGCAGCUGUCCGUAUCUAGCUGUAAAAGCCUUGGCUGGUCUGGACACAUGAAUACAUGCAGAGCAUGUUCCAGUGUUAUCCCACAGAUGUCGGUGGAGAUCCUUGUUCAGCAAUUAUGCCUAUCAACCAUUCUGCAUUCAGUAUCCAUGAAACAAACAUUGAGGGCUAAAGCCAAAGAAAUGGCACAAUUGAGAGGUCUACAUGGAGAGAAAUGGGAAAAAGUGAGAAGGAACCAGAUGUAGGACCAAGGGCAGGCUGGACUCCAAUGCGACUCUAAAGAGAAGUGACGGUGUGGGUGCCAGACCUGCUGGGAAAGGAUCAUGGCCCUGACUGACUCAAGUGGAGACCCGCUGUCCCUCAGCAACGGAGGACACCAUCCUUUAAGUGCCAGUGGAAAUGUCCCUUCAAGCAACAGUACAGAGGACAGCAGCAGCCAGGACCCUCUCUCUGCUGCUUCUAGUUGUGACUGCCUCCCAGCUGAGAGAGAUGGAGAUGUGGAGGUUAGGAAUGGAGCCUUGAAGCUGCAGCAGGGAUCACACGUCCAGAGAGCAAACAGGCCGGUCCAGAAUGGUGGAAUGAUCAAACUGAAUGGCUCUUUGAAGAACCUUCCCCCAUCACUAGGUGCUGCUCCAUCCUCUGCCAUCACGGACUCCCAGAAGCCAAACAGACUUCACCUGACCUCCACCCUGUCACCGACAUCUUCCUCUCCACUCUGCUGCCCCCACUGCCACUUUCACUCCACCAUGUGCUGCCCCUGUGGACAGCCAGAUUGCCCGCCCUUCCAGAGCCCUGCCAGCGGCCCAGUGCCCUGCUCUGGUCCGCACGCAGGUACCGCUUUAUCCUGCCCUUGCUGCAUCUCCACCUGCACAUACUCUCACCCGCUUCCUCAUCACCAAGCCUCCCCAACGUCUCUUCAUCACCAGUGCUGGCAGGAGCACCUCCAGAGCCAGAUACAUGCUCCUGGGAUCAGCCCUGCAAGGCCCUUUCGAUUCCCCAAAAGCUACUCUGAGCUGAUAGCUGAUUGGCCAGUGGUUGUGCUCGGAGUGUGUACGGUGCUUAUCGUUAUUUGUGCCCUGGUGGGAGUUCUGGUGCCUGACCUGCCUGAUUUCUCUGACCCACUGCUGGGUUUUGAGCCUCGGGGAACUGCUAUUGGCCAGCGACUGGUCACAUGGAACAAUAUGGUGAAGAAUACAGGCUACAAAGCCACACUGGCCAACUACCCUUUCAAAUAUGCGGAUGAGCAAGCCAAAAGCCACCAAGAACCUCGAUGGCCAGAGGACCACUUUGAAAGAGACAAACGGGAGGUUGAGUGGGACUUCAGUAAAGAGUUCUUCUGUGAUGUACCAGGCGACAGUUAUUCCAGACUGGUGUUUGCAUCGGCUGAAGGGAAAAGUCUGUGGAAUAUUCAGGCCAUCAAAUCAAUGUGCAAUCAGGACAACACAAGAGUGCGCUCCCACCGUGAUUACCUGAAUCUCUGUCAGCGCACCAAUAACGUCUCCUGUUGUCCAAGCUGGACCCUGGGUAACUACAUAGCUGUCCUCACCAACAAGUCCUCCUGCCAGAAGAUCACAGAACGGGAUGUAUCCCACACUCUCAAGACCCUGCGAUCGUGUGCCAAGUACUACCAUAAUGGCACGCUUGGACCGGAUUGCUGGGACAUGGGACUGCGGCGCAAAGAUCAGCUAAAAUGUGCCAGCGUGCCCCGGAAGUGCACCAAGUACAACGCAGUGUACCAGAUCCUUCAUUUCCUGGUGGACAAGGAUUUCCUCAUUCCAAAGGGCCUGGAGCAUCCGCCUGUGCUCAGGUACAGCAUGUUGUUCUCUCCCACAGAGAAAGGAGAGUCUAUGAUGAACAUUUAUCUGGACAAUUUUGAGAACUGGAACUCAUCCGAUGGCAUCACCACGGUAACAGGGAUCGAGUUUGGAAUCAAGCACGACCUCUUUCAGGACUACCUCCUCACGGAUACAUUGUAUCCCGCUAUAGCCAUAGUUAUAGUUCUGCUGGUCAUGUGCGUGUACACUCGCUCAGUUUUCAUCACUCUAAUGACAAUAAUUGCCAUCAUCAGUUCACUGAUUGUGUCCUACUUUCUUUAUCGAAUGGUCUUUAACUUUGAGUUCUUCCCGUUCAUGAACCUCACUGCCCUCAUCAUCCUGGUAGGGAUCGGGGCAGAUGAUGCGUUUGUGCUUUGUGACGUGUGGAACUACACCAAGUUUGAUAAACCGCACGCCGAGCUAUCAGAGACUGUCAGCGUGACCCUGCACCACGCAGCCCUCUCCAUGUUUGUCACCAGCUUCACCACUGCUGCUGCUUUUUAUGCCAACUACGUCAGCAACAUCACUGCCAUACGCUGCUUCGGCGUCUACGCUGGCACCGCCAUUUUAGUCAACUACAUCCUGAUGGUGACAUGGCUGCCUGCUGUAGUAGUGCUGCAUGAGCGCUACCUGCCUAACCUGCUUACCUGUGCCAAGCCUGCACAGCAGCAGGGGAACUGCUGCACGCGUUGGUUCUGGGCUGCUCUUUGCCACAAGAUCCACAGAUGUCUGUUCGCCGUCUCUGAGGCGUCACGGAUCUUCUUCGAGAAGGUGCUGCCGUGCGUCAUCAUCAAGCUGCGCUACCUCUGGCUCUUCUGGUUCCUCGCCAUCACGGUUGGUGGUGCUUACGUGGUUUGCGUGAACCCUAAGAUGAAACUCCCGUCCCUUGAGCUGGCAGAGUUUCAGGUGUUUCGGUCUUCUCACCCUUUUGAGCGCUACGACGCCGAGUACAAAAAGCUUUUCAUGUUUGAGAGAGUGAAUCAUGGCGAGGACCUCCACAUGCCUAUCACAAUCAUCUGGGGUGUCACGCCUGAGGAUAAUGGAGAUCCCCUUAACCCCAAAAACAAGGGGAAGCUGAUGUUAGACAGCAGCUUCAACAUAGCCAGUCCAGCAUCUCAACUGUGGAUCCUUAACUUCUGCCAGAAGCUGAGGAACCAAAGCUUUGUCUUUCAGUCAGAGGAUCAGGACUUCACCAGCUGCUUCAUUGAGACAUUCAAACAGUGGAUGGAGAACCAGGACUGUGAAGAGACCGCUGUCUACCCCUGCUGCAGUCAGUCUACCUUUCCCUAUAAGAAGGAUGUGUUUCAGUUGUGCAUCAAGAGAGCCAUUAUGGAGCUCGAUCGAAGUACAAGCUACCAUCUGGACAGUAAGACCCCCGGACCUCGAUUUGACAUCAAUGACACCAUCAGAGCCAUCGUUUUGGAGUUUCAGAGUACCUACCUCUUCACUCUGGCGUAUGAGAAGAUGUACCAGUUCUACCGUGAGGUGGAUGCCUGGAUCACAGAGGAGCUACUCUACGCCCCAGAAGGUCUUAGCCAUGGCUGGUUUGUCAGCAACCUGGAAUUCUACGACCUCCAAGACAGUCUGUCAGGUGGUACUCUGGUUGCUAUGGCGCUGUCUGUGGCGGUGGCGUUCAGCGUCAUGCUGCUAACCACCUGGAAUGUCAUCAUCAGCCUGUACGCCAUCUUGUCUAUUGCCGGGACGAUAUUUGUGACUGUAGGCUCUCUGGUGCUUUUGGGCUGGGAGCUGAACGUCCUGGAGUCAGUCACCAUCUCGGUUGCUGUGGGGCUGUCUGUGGACUUCGCUGUCCACUAUGGUGUUGCCUAUAGACUUGCUCCAGAACCCGGCCGGGAGGAGAAGGUGAUCUUCUCCCUCAGCCGGAUGGGCUCGGCCAUCGCCAUGGCAGCAGUGACCACCUUUGUUGCAGGGGCGAUGAUGAUGCCAUCAACGGUUCUAGCCUACACCCAGCUGGGCACUUUCAUGAUGCUCAUCAUGUGCAUAAGUUGGGCUUUUGCCACCUUCUUCUUUCAGUGUAUGUGCUGCUGCCUGGGACCCCAGGGCACCUGCGGUCAGAUCCCCCUUCCCAAGAAGCUGCAGUGCCAAGCCUUCAGUGAAGACACGCCCUCAAGCCCACCUCCUGAGGAGAAGUAUCAGCUGGAGAGCAGGGGCGGGGAGGCAGAGCACUAUGAACUGGAGCCACUGACCUCCUGCCAGAAAACUGGGGUUAAACCAGUAGAGGAAGAGGAGGAGCUUUGCUCUCAGCUCUGUAAUGAAGUCCCUCCUCAUCCCAACCACACCACACCUUCUCCACAUGUUCACAGCUCUGAUACAAGCAAAACACACCCAGAAAAUGGGCUAAUAACCUCACUCAGUACACCAUCCAGGUGUCAGUACACUUCCAACAACUGUAUAUGUUUAGAUCCUCCACCCCAGCUUCUACAGCAGUGGGCCCCACAUUCCUGUACUCUGCCUUCCCAGGACUCCCUUUCCUGCCCUCCCACCCCACACCUUCUCCAGCUCUCGGGCAAUGCCAGGAUCACACAGAACACCGCCCUGUUAGCUCCAAAUGUGGACCCAGUCUAUUCACACGUGGACUGCUGUGUUCACUACAUCCACUGCCCCCUCACUCAUUUCCAUCACUGCUCACAGGGAAGAGCAGCGGCCUCCAGGCAGGGACCUGUCCAUACCUGCCAUCUCAGGAAGUUCUGUGUCCAACCAGCCUCAAACCAGGACAUUGACCAAGCUUCAGGAUCAAUCUCUGCUCCACAGACUGCAGACAAAAAAAUGAAACAUUUAAAUCCAGACAGUGGCCAAAAUGAGAGCCCCCAAGACCUGACACGACCCAAUGGCCAGUGUCCCAGCCCCUCUGCACAAACUGUCUGUCACCAAAAACAGGUGAUGAAGGAAAGUGAACCCUGCUGUGAUAAAAAUCCUGCAUCUACCAUUAUUACAGACACAAUCACAGAAUUUAGUGACUGUGGUAAAAUCGCAGGCAACCGGGAAAGGCCUGAAAGUGUGCAAAGGUGCAAACGGAACUCAAAAAGAGAGCGGACGUCCUCCGCCUCCCCAAAGAAACUCUACUGUUUCAACAGGACAUUGAAAGUGAAGUGCAAUUCAGCUUCAGAGUUUAACGUGCCAAAAACUGAAGCCAGCGUGCCACCUGCUGCCGUGAACCCUCAGCCCUCCUCAGAAAGCUUAUGCUGAUGUAUGUUUAAAAGCAGCUCCACACAAACAGCAAAGAACUCAAAAAUGACAUGUUUCUGUGCAAUCAUACUAGGUGCUGGGUGAGUUUUUCACCAAAUACCAGCUGAACUAUGAAAUCUGUUCAUUGUUUUGUACUUUUCCACAUGCCAGAUUAUGUAUUUAAUGUUUCCAGUGGAACAUGGAAGUGUCAUGUAUAAGAAUUCCCAUGUUUUCACACAGAAACCUUCAUUAACUUCUGCUCUUUAAAGUGCCCACAUUACUACUGCAGCAGCCAUUUGCACCACCACUACACCCCACAGUGUCUGAACCGCAGUGUCUUGCAAAACUAUUCACACCCCCCCAAAUCUUUUCCACAUUUGGUCACAUCACAGCCACAAAUGUCCAUGUAUAUUUUAUGGGAUACACCAACACUGUAGUGCAUAAUUGUAAAGUGGGAGGGAAAUAAUACAUUUUUAUUCAACAGUUUCUACAAAUAGAAGUGUGGCGUGCAUCUGUAUUCAACCCGCCUAAAGUCAAUACUUUGUAGAGCUAGGUUUUUGCUGUAAUCAUAGCUGCCAGCAUUCUUGCAGAAUAGCUCAAGUUCAGAUUGGAUGUAGCAUCUUUUAACAUGCAUUUUUAAGUCUUGUCACAGACUCUUAAUUGGACUUAAGUCUGGACUUUCACUAGGCCUUUCUAACUAACGAACAUGCUUGGAUCUAAACCACUAUCUUCAUACAUCUGUCUCUAUGUUUAGUUUUGUUGCCCUAUUUGAAGGUGAACCUCAGCCCCAGUCGUACGUCUUAUGCAGCCUCUGACAGGUUUUCUCUCAGGCAAUGUUUUGCAUAUAGGCCAGAAAGUUCCAUGUUUGCUGUGUCCCCUACACAACUUGAGGCAAACUGCUUUCGUAUGGCUUGCCUAAAUGUCAGAUUUGUGGAGUGCACUGCUAAUAGUCGUCCUGUCAACAAAUUUUCUCACAUGAGCUGUUGAUCUCUGCAGGUGCCACAGAGUUACCAUGAGCCUGUUGACUGCUUCUCUGCUUAGUCUUCCUUGGUAGGUUUGCAGUUGUGUUCUAAUGUUUCCAUUUUUCAGAUGAUGGAUUGAACAGAAUCCUCGUCAGAUCAUUUUACAACUAGGUUCUCCUUUGUUUUGAUUCAUCACAUAAAAUCCCGAUAAAAUAGAUUGGUGUUUGUGGUUAAAACAUGACAAAACAAAAUCUAAGAGAAUAAAUACCUUUGCAACGCACUGUAUGUGCACUUAUCACAUUCUGUUGAUGAUCACCUCGACCUCAUCAACAGUGUGCCGUAUUUAACCAGCUGCUUAACGUUAUGUGUCACCUUUUGUAUUUCUAGGAGCUUCUGUUGUGUUCUCAGUUUGCCCAAGUCUCCACAUGCCUCAGAUAAAAGCUGCACCAUGUGAUUAAAAUGCUUUCUCCUACCA